AGUUGCCAAUGUGAAGUAUCGGAAAAAAUCGCUUGAAGCUUUCUGGGACAAAGGACUGUUUUAUUAUCUCUCAUUCUUUGAUUUUAAUAAGUGAAGAAGAGCCUCAAAGUAUUGUGUGGAAAGACGAGGAUUUCUCCUCCUAACCAGGGCCUGUCAUGGAUGAAGAGACUCAGCACAGCCUUGAAUGCAUCCAGGCUAAUCAGAUUUUUCCCAGGAAGCAGCUGAUCCGAGAGGAUGAGAACCUUCAGGUCCCAUUCAUUGAACUUCAUGGUGAGAGUACAGAGUAUGUAGGACGAGCAGAGGAUGCCAUCAUUGCACUUUCUAAUUACAGGCUUCACAUCAAAUUCAAGGAGUCUGUUGUGAAUGUUCCAUUGCAGCUUAUAGAAAGUGUUGAGUGCCGUGAUAUAUUUCAACUUCAUUUGACUUGCAAAGACUGCAAGGUUAUAAGGUGUCAGUUUUCUACUUUUGAACAGUGUCAAGAUUGGCUUAAGCGACUGAACAAUGCCAUCCGCCCUCCUUCGAAGAUAGAAGACCUUUUCUCAUUUGCCUAUCACGCUUGGUGUAUGGAGGUAUACGCUAGUGAAAAGGAACAGCACGGGGAUUUGUGUCGGCCAGGCGAACAUGUAACUUCAAGGUUUAAAAAUGAAGUGGAGCGGAUGGGUUUUGAUAUGAACAAUGCCUGGAGGAUUUCCAACAUCAAUGAGAAGUACAAGCUCUGUGGUAGUUACCCCCAGGAAAUCAUAGUUCCUGCCUGGAUCACGGAUAAAGAGCUAGAGAGUGUGGCAAGCUUUCGGUCCUGGAAGCGUAUCCCUGCUGUUGUGUACAG